AUGUCCCCUGGAAGACAUCCCUUCUGGCCCGAGAAAGUUCUUGUUAUGACAGCAGUUGCUUUCACUUCUACAAUAACUCAAAAUACAUCUGAGAUCACAUGUGAGUUUAUCAGCCAGAAAGCUGAGGGUUCAGGAGCACCAGAGACAUCAGUAUCUCCUAAGAUUUCUAACAUUUUGGAAGAUCUUGGGUGUUAUUUGAAUUCUCAAGGAACAGAGAACAUCUAUAAAACAAUUAAAAAUGUGGAAGUCAAUCUAUUUCAAGAUAUUGAAUUAAGAAUAAUAAUGAGAAUUUCAAAUAUCAUUUCAUGCUUUUGGUUCUUUAAAGAAAGAAAAGCUUGUAAACUUUUUUUGGACUCAGAGAAUCAAUAUAUUACAUCUUUGACUUUUUCACAAAUAAAAGAAGGACAAGCUGGAAAAUACACCCUCUUGGUCACAAGUGAAACUAGCAAUUACACAGUAGUUGUGCCUGUUCUCGUCCGAAAAAAACCAGGCAAGCCCUAUUUCAGGAAAAGGGAAAAUUCGGAUUCUAUCGAGUGCAUAUCUGAGAGCUACCCCCAGCCCUCAGUGGAAUGGAUAUUCUGCAAAACACCUGAAAAGAGUUGCCCUGAUAAAAUGCAUGAAGAAACUGGAGAAAUAGAUGGCAUACAGAUGGUGCAACAUGAAUUAUUUCAAACUUACAUAUGGUGCUGUGCAGAUAAUGUCCUGGGCAGAGAAUGCACCAGCCUCUUUACAAUAGAUUUGAAUGAAAGGCAAGCAGCACCUUUACCUGAACUGCUACUUAAGGUCGGGGAACCAUUGCUGAUCAGAUGCAGAGCUGUUCACCAUAAUUAUAAAUUCAGAAUAAAAUUAUGUUCUGAAAACAGAGAAGUUCAGGAUCGCCAGUUUGGAGGAUUAGACUACCUAGCAGACCGCUCAGCAAUUCAGAUCCAGUAUGUAUAUGCUUCAGAAGCAGGAAGAAGUGAUAGUGGACGUUAUACCUGUUCUUCUACUGCUCAUCCGAAUCAAACUGCUUUGGUCACAGUUUUAGAAAAGGGAUUUAUAAAUGUAACUGACUCUAAAGAAGAUUUUGAAAUUGAUGAGGAAGAGUUUUGCUUUGAAGUUAACUUCACAGCGUAUCCACCAGUUAGAUGCAUGUGGUUAUUUUCCAAAAAAACAUUUCCAUGUCAACAAAGUUACAAUGUGGAUGGACACAGCAUGUCAUCAAAGUUCUGCAACCAUCAGCGCCAGUCUGGGAUAUACAUAUUUUAUGCUGAAAAUGAUGAUAUGGUUGUGACAAAAAAAUUCACUCUCUACGUGAGAAGAAAGCCUGAAAUAACGAUGCAGCAGUUGUUCACACAGAUCUCAUGCACUGCUGAAAGUUAUCCUGCCUCAUCCUGGGUUUGGAGGAACUGUCUUGAGCUGAACUCAUCCAACUGCAUAGAAGAAAUUGCAGAGGGGAUUCACAACUUCUUGCCGAAGAGGAGGUCCCUGGGGUCAUGGAUUUCAAGCAGUACUUUAGAUCUAAAGGAGACAGCGACAACCUUCUCUGUGGAGUGCUGUGCAAACAAUUCUGCUGGUUCAGCCUGUAAAAAGAGUUUCAUUAACCAGCCAGGAGCUGUUUCUUCUCUCACGGAAAAUGAUGCAUUCUAUGUCUCUGUUGGAUUUUUUCUCCUAUUGAUCACUUUUGUGUUUGUAUUCAUGUUUCUUAAAUACAAAAAGCAAUUUAGAUAUGAAAGCCAGUUGCAAAUGAUACAGAUGAUAGGGCCAUCAGAUAAUGAGUACAUCUACAUUGACUUCAGAGAAUUCGAAUAUGAUCUGAAAUGGGAAUUUCCCAGGGAAAACCUGGAAUUUGGACAGAUCCUUGGUUCUGGGGCUUUUGGAAAAGUGGUGAAUGCUACAGCUUAUGGAAUUAGCAAUGCAGAAGAUUCAGUCCAGGUCGCAGUCAAAAUGCUAAAAGAAAAACCUGAUGCUUCAGAAAAAGAUGCUCUAAUGUCUGAGCUGAAAAUGAUGACUCACAUUGGAAGCCAUGAAAAUAUUGUGAACCUACUAGGAGCUUGUACUGUGUCAGGACCAAUCUUCUUGAUAUUUGAGUACUGUUGCUAUGGUGACCUUCUGAACUACUUAAGGAGCAAGAGAGAAAAGUUUCACUGGACACUGACAGAUAUUUUUAAACACCAUAAUUUCAGCUUUUACCACAAUAUUCAUUUGGACCAAAAUUCCAGGAUGGGGACUCACCUGAAGUAUGGUGUAAAUACAACUCUAUGCAGAGAAGAUGAAUUUGAAACCAUGCAAAGAAGUCAAAACAUAAAUGUGACACUUGGAUCAAAUGGGAUAGUGCUGUUCUCUGAGGAAGAUAAAAUUAAGGAUGCAAGCACACAGGUGGAUGAAGAAGAGGAUUUUAAUGUGCUCACUUUUGAAGACCUUCUUUGCUUCUCUUAUCAAGUUGCCAAAGGAAUGGAAUUUCUUGAGUCCAAAUCGUGCAUUCACAGAGACCUUGCUGCCCGGAAUAUACUAGUGACCCAUGGAAAAGUGGUGAAAAUAUGUGAUUUUGGCCUUGCCAGAGAUAUAAUGAAUGACUCCAACUACAUCGUCAGGGGGAACGCUCGUUUACCUGUUAAAUGGAUGGCUCCUGAAAGCUUAUUUGAGAGGACGUACACAGUGAAGAGUGAUGUCUGGUCAUAUGGAAUAUUGCUAUGGGAAAUAUUCUCUUUGGGUGUAAAUCCCUACCCUGGUAUUCAGGUUGAUACAAAUUUCUACAAAUUAAUACAAAGUGGAUUUAAUAUGGACCAACCAUAUUAUGCUACAAAAGAUGUCUAUCGCAUGAUGCAGUCCUGUUGGGCCCUUGACUCCAGAAAAAGACCCUCUUUUUCUUGCCUGGUUUCCUCUCUUGCCUGUCAGCUGGCUGAGGCAGAAGGAGCAGUUUACCAGAAUAUGAAGAAAAAUGCUGCUACAAACAAUUCCAGCAUCAAAACUAAACUAGGAGGUGUAAGCAGGAAUGAGGAAUCUCUGCUGUUCCCAACUGAGCACCAUCAUGAGGACCCUCAGGCUGAAAAAUAAUCUGGGUUGUGGAUUUGAUUAUUUUCAUAAACUCUGUGUAGGAUAAGUGUUUUACAUCAGCUCCAAGAAGAGAUUUUGUCACCAAAUGCAGCACUGUUAGCAUUUUUUGUGGUCCCAUCCAUAUUUUUGUGACUUUGAGAAGAAGAGAUAAUUCAUUUAUUUGAAUUCAGCAAACACAUCUAUAGCAAGACAGGUCUUUUUGCUACCUCUCUACAACUGGAUAUCUCUUUUCCUGGUGUUGUGUAAAUAGUGUAUUGAAUUCAUACUGUUCUUGCCU